UACCCUGAGAUCGGACAAAAUGGCUGGCAUAUUUGCCCGCUUCAAUGAAACAAGAGAUUUUCAGGGAAGUAGUUUUGAUCGCUAUGAAGAUGGCCAGUUUGACUUAGAACAAGCAUCCCUCAGCCAGCCGAUCCCAGAGGAUAAUAUUGGGUACCGAAUGUUACAGAAACAUGGCUGGAAAAGUGGAAAUGGUUUAGGAAGACGAAUGCAAGGUCGCACUGAACCGAUACCAAUUAUCAUCAAGGAAGAUGUCAUGGGUAUGGGACGUAUGGAGAUGGAGCUUGAACAAGCGGAAGAAGCCACUGAGAAAAGAAAACAAUUGGAAAUUGAGAAGGAGGAGACUGAAGAGUUGAGACAGAAAUACAAGGACAAUGUGGAACGAGAGAAAGCUAUUGAUGAAGCGCUAGCAGACCUUAAGGCCAAUUUUUAUUGUGAUCUUUGUGACAAGCAAUAUUAUAAACACACAGAGUUUGAUAAUCAUAUCAAUUCCUACGAUCAUGCACAUAAACAGCGUUUAAAAGAACUUAAACAGCGUGAAUUUGGACGGACAGUAAGUUCUAAGUGGAAGAAGGAAGAAAAGAAGAGAGAGAAAGAACUAAAACGCCUUCAUGAACUUGCAGAUCUCAGAGCACAAGCAGCAGGUACCAGGAAUGAUGAAAUGGGACAGGGAAACAAAUUUAAAACUAGUUUCAAGAGUGGCGCAAGUGUACCUCCUGCAGUCAGCUCAGAAGAAAUUUCAGAACCAGAUUCAGUCCCAUCACAAAGCACUACUGAUGACAUCAAAGAAUCACCUGUGAAAGCCACUCAAGACCUAGAUGAGGAUGGUCAGAAUAAAGGCUUAGUGUCAUUCAGUAUUGCCAAGAAAUCUAGUAACAAACUGCCUGCAAAGUCUCCAUUGAGACACCAACCUGGUGAAAUCAAAGAAGCUAUAGAGAAUGUGAAUAAUAAUUCAGAUGACGACAUCCCAGUGACAGUGAUUGAGAAUAAAACAAGGAAGGAUGAAGUUAAUGUUGAAAAGACUCAUGAUGGAGAAGUGUAUUCACGUACACCUCUUGAACAUUUCAAGGUCAAACCAAAAUUGCCUUUCUUGGUUUUUGUGAAAUAUAAAGAUGAUCACAUUCCUGUCAACGAUAAAUCAUCUGAAAGUGUCUGUCUGAACAACAAACAUUGUGAAAACCAUCCAAAUUCUAUGCCGUCUUCAUCUAAUGCAGAUUUACAAAGUUCUGAGAAGUCGAAUGAGAAAAUUAAUUCAUGUGAUACCCUUGAAAAAAGCCCAACACCUGAGAAAACUGGUAAUAAACAACGUUUGGAGAAAUCUGAGAAGAGUCACAAAGAGUCAAAAAGAAAAAGUAGCAAUAAAAAAGUUGAUAGUGUGAUUUUAAAGAAAGAUAAUGGUCCUGAAGUUAAAGCUGAGACCAGUGAAGAAAAGAAAACCAGUGCAAAAGUUAAAGGAAUUGUUGAGACCAGUGAUGAAAAAAAAUUGAAUCGUAAAAAUACAAGUGCAAAAGAUAAAGGAAUAGUUGAGAUUAGUGAAGAAAAGAAAGGAAAUCCUUCAAAUCAAAGUGCAAAAGAUAAAGAAAAACAAGAAAAGGAAACAAAUGCUACAAAUGUGAAAGUUAAAAGAAUAGUUGAGACAAGUGAAGAAAAGAAAGGAAGUCGUGCACAUCCAAUUGUAAAGGAUAAAAACAAACUAGACAGAAAAAGAAAUCCUACGAAUGUUAAAAUGCCAGUUGAGAUCAGUGAAGAAAAGAAAGGAAGUCCUGCAAAUACAAGUGCAAAAGUUAAUGAAGAGAAGAAAGGAGAUCGAACAAUUCCAUGUGCAAAGGAUAAAGACAAACUGGAAAGAAAAAGAAAUCAUACAAAUGUGAAAGUUAAAGGAGCAGUUGAAACCAGUGAAGAAAAGAAAAGUCAUACAAAUACGAGUGCAAAAGUUAAUGAAGAAAAGAAGGGGAAUCGUACAAAUACGAGUGCAAAAGUUAUUGAAGAAAAGAAAGGAAGUCAUACAAAUACGAGUGCAAAAGUUAAUGAAGAAAAGAAAGGAAGUCAUACAAAUACAAGUGCAAAAGUUAAUGAAGAAAAGAAGGGGAAUCGUACAAAUCCAAGCUUGAAAGUUAAAGACAAAAUAGAAACAAAAGAAAAGAUCACAAAUCCUGCAAAUGCAAAAGUUGAAGGACCAGUUGAGACUAGUGAAGAAAAAAAAAAGAAUCGUACGAAUCCAAGUGCAAAAGAUGACAACAAACUAGAAGUUGAAGGGGUAGUCGUGAACAAUGAAGAAAAUCCUACAAUUAAAAAUGAGGAUAAAGCUGAUUGUACAAAUAAUUCCAAAUCCAAAAACUCUUAUUCAGACACUGUUAUAUCAAGUAUGUUUGUUUCUGUGCUGAGUCGAGAUGAGCAGACAUCACUACAGUGGCCAAUUGAAAUGAUACAUCACACCAAGACAGAGCCUUCAUUAGCAUAUAGUUGUAACCCACUGUAUUUUGAAUUCAAAAAACUGGCACCAAGUUCUAAAGUGGAAUCUGAGCAAAAUGUACAAAAGGAGGAAACUAAGACCAAGGAAGAGGAUUCUGAACCAAAGAAAGUUGUUGAUACAGAUGAGGUGAAAGAAGUACAACAAAACAAAUCUACAACUGAAGAGACAGUUCAGAAUGAUGUCACACAACCCAAAGAAGGGGAGAAAUCUGUUUUAACCAUUGAAAAAGAUGUUAGUGAGAGUGAACAACCUGUCAAAGACAAGGAAAAAAGUAAGAAGGCCAAAAAAGCUAAAAAGAAGAAAAAGAAAAAGAAAUCGGGGAAAGGUGAAGUUAAAGUGGAUGGAGCAGAAGAACCAAAAACAUCAAAACAUAAGAAAAGUAAACGUAAACAUUCAGAAAAGGAUAAACAUGCAGAAGUGGAUGGAGAACAUCAUUCGAGUUCCAAAUCAAAAUCAAAACGUAAAAAGGAGAAGAAGAAACAUAAAGAUAAACGUAAGGAUGACAAAUCAAGUGAUGAGUAUAGUAGUUAUGAUGAUGAGGCAGAACAUUAUAAACAUUCUGAUCUUAAAUCUUCUUCCAAACGUAAAUAUCAUGAUAGCUCCAGCGAUUAUAGUGAUAGAGAGGAUGAUAAAAGAGACAGCAAGCGACAUCGUAAACAUAGAUAUGAUGACUAUUCAGAUGAGAGUUAUGACAGUACUGAUCAUGAACGCUCCAACCACAAACGAUCUCAUGACAGAUACAGUGAUGAUAGUGAUUCAGAUUACCACAGGAGUAGCCAUAGGUCAGAUAAGAAGCGUUCUAGUCGGAGUCAUCACCAUCACAGUAGUGACUAUGACACUGAUGAUAGUUAUUAUGAUAGGCACAGUAGCAGAAGACAUGAAAAAAGACGAUAUCGGGAUGAUGAUGACUCUGAUAAAGAAAGAAGUAAACGUAGUCGUCAAAGAAGUUACAGUGCAGAUUCUGAUUACUCUCGCUCUUCGAGGCACAGAAGGCAUUCUCGUUCCUAUACACGUAGUAGAAGUCGUGAUCGCAGUGCAUCCACUUACAAACGUUCUGAGAGAAGCCAUGAUAAGAAAGAUUACAAAGAUAAUAAGCAAAAUGAUAAAAUCAAAGGAAGUGGUCGAUGGGACGUAUCCAAAUCUCACACUGGAAACCGUAAAACAAGUCCUACAAGAUCAUCGUCAAGUAAGAAUCUUUCAAAUACGAAAAUCACCAGUGCGGUUGAGAGUCCAAUUCUAUUAGAAUGUGUGCGUGUAGAAAACUUACAGGCUCAGCAAGUGAAAAGACUGCUUGAGCGGGUUCAGCAAAGAAAACAACAGUAUAAAGCAGAAGCUGAGAAGGCUGCUGAAGACAGCCAUGUAAAGUCUGCAAUUGCUAGAUUGAAGGCUGGGAUUAAACUGAAGGACCCUCCUGUUGGGUAUUAUGGCCCUAAAUUACCCCCGGAGCUACACCGGCCACCUGUGCUCCCACUCAUUGGGAAGUUACCAACAGGGAGAAAAGGCAUUGUGAUGAAAACUUUGAGAGAUGAACCAGUGCGGAUAGAUAUUGGGAAACCUGAGACUGUAACCCAGUCUAAGGAUCUCAGUCCUGUUGAUUCUGAACCGAAAAAGAAGGCUUUGUCGGAGAAUAUAACAGAUGAUAAAAGUAAAGAUUCCAAUGACAAAAGCCCUGAUACAAAAUUGCCAUCUCCAAAAGAUGAUACCAGUGAAGAAAAUGUUUCAAAAGAAAAACUUGUUAUUGCUCCAAAGGCUACAGAACCCAAAGUAACAGUACUAACUAAACAACAAAGUCAACAGAUGCAACAGCAACGGCAACAGAAACUUGAGCAACAGCGAAAGCAGGAAGACGAGAAAAACAAAGCAAAAGCAUCAUCCCCUUCUCCUGCAAAACCAAUUAUACCACCUGAAGAGAUGGAAAAAUACAGGAAGUUGCAAGAGCAAGCACAACUUCAUAUCAAACACCAACAACAACAGCAGCAGUUACAAAUACAUCAUCAACAGCUACAGCAGCAUCAGCAACAUCAACAACAACAAUUACAUCAACAGCAGAUGCAACAGCAACAACAGCAAGAACAAAUGCAUCAUCAGCAACAGCAACAACUGCAACAGCAACAACAACUGCAACAGCAACAACAACAACAACAAGGAUUACAUCCUGUGCCUCUGCAAGCACAAGGACCUGGUAUUCCAGCUCAUCAUCCACAGUCUCAGUUACAACCACCACAGCAUCAUCCGGGUGCCCCUCACCCCCAUGCUGCACCACAUCAACUACCACAUCCAGCUAUGCAUGUUGCAGUCUCGCAUCCUGGGCAACAACCUCAUCCACAGAGUCCUACUCCAGCUCCAACACAAGGUCCUGUACCACUUCAACCAGGUGCACCUCAGCGGUUGCCUGUUGGUAAUCCAGUUCCGGUAUCCAUUGCUGCUGCACAGCAAGCUGCGGCUCACCAUCAAGCAGCAGCCGCUCAGCAAGCUGCUGCACAGCAACAAGCAGUAGCAGCAGCUCAACACCAGGCAGCUAUGCAACAACAAAUCAUGACUCCACAGCAAGCUGUUGUCCACCAACAAGCUGUGGCACACCAACAAGCUGUAGCACACCAACAAGUUAUGGUUCAUCAACAAGCUAUGGUGCAUCAACAAGCUAUUGCACAACAGCAAGCUAUUGCACAGCAACAAGCUAUUGCACAACAGCAAGCUAUUGCACAGCAACAAGCAGCAGCUCAACAAGGAGCACAGCACCCAGUAGCGCAGUCGGCUGCUCAACAGGCUGCAGUACAUCAGGCAGCAGCAGCACAGCAACAACAAGCAGCUGCACAACAACAACAACAACAACAACAAGCACACCAAGCAGCAAUAGCAGCUGCUGCCGGAGCCCCACCACCACCUCCACCGCCAUUGUCUCCUGCAGGUCAGGGGCAAGGACCUCAACCACAACCUCAUGCAGCUCAUCAUCAACAACCAAUUCCGAUACCAGUUUCAAUGACUCCACACUCUGUUGGUGCAACUCCAAUACUUCAGUAUGCAUCUAUGCAUGGACAUAUGCCUAUACAGAUGUCGCCCACUGCAUCAGCAAUUGCAGCAGCACAACAUAAUGCUCACCAGUUACAGUUGCAAGCUGCUGCAGCAGCAGGUCAUCCUAUAAGCCAUAUUCCUGCUGGAGCAUUACCAUUACAUGGGCCAAUAUCAAUACAUGGUCACAUGCCAAUUCAUUUACCUGGUGGAGCUUUCUCCGCACAACAUUUACUUCAUCAACAGUUAGGGCACCCACAUGCAAUACCAAUAGGAUAUCAUCCACAUCGGACACCGAUUAUGUUAUCACCUUUUUCUCAUCCACUUUUACAUUUUAAAACUGCACCAAUUAGAACAAAAUAUACUGCAGCUUACUUGAGGAAUGCUGCAGUUGUACCUGCAACUGCAAUCGUCGCAACCACAACAACAGCUGUCACUACAACUACAACCUCAACCUCAGCUGCAGUCAGUUCUACAACUUCAACAGCAGCAAAAAUAGAUUCUGAAACAAAGACUUCAGAUAGUGCAACUUCUUCAGCGAGUAAAGUUCCAUUGCCUUCGCCUGGAACAUGA